GGCUCAAGUAGCGACUUCUGAUUUUCGACAAAGUGAUACAUUUCUCUUGACAUGAACAGAACUGUCUUUAAUCAUUGCUGCUCUUCUUCAAACUGACAUUCUUUUAUAAAACCUCCUGGAAGCCAAUCACAGAGCAGACUCAACCCAGCAGACAGCCUCAUCCUGCUCCUCCGCUCUGCAGCAGAUCCGCUCCUUGCUCUCGGCCAAUCAACAACCACACCCCAGGGGCUCACUGCAGUACCCCUCCCCCACCAGACCUGGGGACGACCUCACUCGAACCCUGCCACCUUCCCAUGUUGUGAGGCUAGUGGAGGAGAGUCUGAGAGGUAGACUAGAAGCUAUCAGAGAGCUGGAGAGGUCUGUGACAGACCUGAAGAGGGAACUAGCGGCUGUGAGGAAAGAGGCUGAGGAGCAGACUAGAGCACUGUCCGUUGAAAACAGAGAAAAACUUUUGCAUGCGACAGAGGAUCAUAGCAAGCAACUGGAAACUCUCACUGAUAGAGCCACCAACGCUCGACAGCAAGCAGCCGGGCUGCAGACACAGUUAGCAGAAUUACAAGAGCAGUCCAGCAGGCAGUUAUCCCUCAAGACCAUGGAGCUUGCUACUCUGGUUGGUCAGUAUGAAGCAUUCAAGAAAGAGGCUGAGAAGGAGAGACACCAAUCUCAUCAAAAGAUUGAUGACCUUACAGCAGAAUUGGAUGCAGAUAGAAAUAACAUGCAAGCAGCUAGGGAAGAGAUAUCCAAACAACAACUCCAACUUGCCGAUGCCAACCUUACUCUACAGUCUAACAAGGAAACCUAUGCUUCCCUCACCACCCAGCUGAAUGAAGAGAAGGAGAAGACCAGCGAGUUGAGGUCACAAGAUGGUCAAAGGUUGACCAACAUCCAGAGAGAGCUUGAAGCAAGGUCACUAGAGGUCAGACACAUGCAGGAGAUGUUAGAAGCGCAGAAAGCAGAGGCCGAGGCAGUACUGAGACAGAAGAUUUUUGACGUGCAAUGCGAGGAGCAGAAGAAAGCAGUGGACAAGACCAGUCAACUCCUGGCUGACCUUGAAUCCCAUCGAUCUGAGAACAGCAGACUCUCCCUCGAGAUGAUGAAGAAGACUUCCGAGUGGGAACAGGCCAACCAGAGCAGAGAUAGACUCGCCACUGUGCUGGAGGAGACAUCUGCUAAGCUCGAGGAGCUACAGAGCACCCAUGGGGACCUCACAAAACAACUGGUGGAGAAGUCUAAGAUGAUUGAUAUUCUCACGCAGGAGAGGGACCACUAUCAGCAGAUGUCUAUGGAGAGAAUCAAGGAGCUAGGCUCGGCUACCAGUCUCCAGAACAGAUUACAGAGCCAGGUUACAGAGAGGGAGCACGAGUACCAGAUGAUGUAUCAAGAGAAGGUGAAUCUGACUCAAGUCAUCGAGUCCAGUGAAAGGACAAGUUCUGAUGCGAGGCAGGAGAAGGAUAAUCUCAUCAAACUCCUGGAUGAGAAGACUAAGCAGUGCGAAGAGGUCAAAGGUAUGAAGGAUGACCUGAACAGGAAGUUGAAGGUCAGAGAGAAGAGAAUUCAGUCUCUUGAUCUGGAAGUGAAGACAUUGUCGGAAGCUGUCAAAGAGAAACACGGUGAGGUGGAGAAGGUGAUUGAGGGAAAGGCAGGACUGUUGGAGGGAUUUAAGACUUUUCAACAGAAGGUCACGCAUUUGACCAGUGAGAAAGACGUCCUGGAGACCCGUUACCUGGAUCUUGAGGCAUCCCAAGAGAAGACCAGGAGCAAACUACAGCUCCAAAUCCAAGGCCUGGAGCAUGAUCUCCGGAUGACCCUGGAGGCUCUCAGGGCCACCAAGUCUACCGAUGCGAGGGCUGUGGAUAUAGCAGACAGUGUGCAGCAAGAGUUACUGACCAAAAGACACCAGGUAGACUUCUUACAGAUCAGGAUACAUGGACUGGAGGAGAACCUUGGUGCAGCUAUCAAGGAGAAGUCUCUGUUGGAGACUGAGAAGGCCCUCCUGGAGGAGCAGGUCUUCAAGCUGAAGGAGCAGAUGGAGCGAUUCCAACGCAAGCUCAAGAGUCUGUCCGACAAAAGGACAUCACAGAAAGACAUUGUAACCAAAUUAGAAACUGCCCUUGAAAAGGCUGCUUUGAAACACACCGAUGCCCAGCGACUGAUUGAGGAGCAAGAACAAGCCAUCGCUAAGAUGACUCUCAGACAUCAACUAGAACUCAAGGCACUCCAAAGAACCCUUGCCACCAGCAGAGCCUCAUCCUCCAGGACCACACCCAACCAAUCCUCCAUGUCCACCCAGCAGAGAAUGACCACCAGGGGUUCAUCGUCCAAGACCACGCCCAACCAAUCCUCAAUGUCCACCCAGCAGAGGAUGACCACGGUGGAGAAGGUCCAGACAUCGGAGUCCGCCACCACCCUCACCAAGAUCCAGCAGUCCUUGGGCAAGGCCUCGACCGGAGUGGUAGCCAGUCAUUUUUUGCAGUCGGCCAGCGUUCAGGCCAUGGAGGGACUGGUGGGGAGAAACUACAUCAGUCCUAUCCCGGUGGUUGUCAUGAACACGUCUGGGAUACAGGGAGAUCACCAACCAGACAGACAUGAGACAUCGGGAGCAGUGGAAGAAGCCCACAACGUCUCCUCGGAGCUGAAGGAUCUUCUGGAGGAGGUCAAGAGUGUCUUCUCUGCCAACAUGGCUGCCUUGAAGGAUACACAGUCCGGUCACAAGGAGGCUAGUAUUCAUACCGGAAUAGACAGAAUCGGUCUGAAAGAAAAAUCGACCUUCAACUCAGUGAAUGGGCAUGGUGUUUAUCAGCUCGUGGAACCAGCGAGAGAUUCCCACUCAGUCCCUCCUCCAAACACAGAAGAUAUGUUAGACCCUCCACUCCUGACAUCAUCCCCGUACAAACUGGACAGCGAGAACACACCUCCUCCUCCUCCUGCCUACCAGCAUCUCCAUCUCAAGGGAGACGUGGAGCUGCAGACGCCCUCCUCCCCAGUCACCAAUCUCCUCGGUCUUCACGGUAAAGUGCAGAGCGAUACAGCCCUUCUGAAGCUGCAGGGACGUCACGCCAAACAGACGGAUAGAGAAACAUCCCUUGGACCUGCUGUAAACAGGGCUCAGAGACACUGCACGACAGGGGCCGCCGUCAUUACACACAGUGCGAAAGACACCACUGAACGUUCCGUGAGAAGCACGGUGACUAAAUCGUAUAGUGUGAACAGACCUGCAAAGCAUAGUUCAAACACUGGUAAUGUCAGAGACAGUGCGUGUACCACCAAACGUGAAGCGUCGGGUACAGUCCGUCCUGGUGUCCAUGGUGUCCAUGGUGCUUCAGAGUAUCAAGGUUCAAGAGAAACUGCGUUCACACGUAAAGUUAAUCAUUCCCAUGAGACGGGUUCUACCACCGCCAGUGACAUCUCGGUUCCACUCAGGAUUGAAGUCCCAGAGCCAGGGCACGUUCACACGAGGGAAGCUAGACUUGGUAGUAAAGACCUUGAGGCACUUAAUCAGAGGAACAGAAUUGAGAGCGGCUAUGGAGAUGUGGAGAUGAUCAGUGAAUUGAUCAUUACCGAUGAUGAUGAUGAUGAUGACAAUAGCUCCAUCACUACAGUCACUUCUUACAGUACUGAUGUCACAAGCAACGACCAGCCUGAUCGGUCUGACAGCUUGAAGAGUCUGAAGGAAAGACUAGCUGCUCUCUCACAAAUGGGUAAUCAACUACAGAAAGGAAAUAAAGAAAUGGCCGGCCUAAUAAGGCGUCAGGACGACAAGCUCAAACGCUGCAGACAGGAGGAACGCAAUGCCAAAAGAAUUAUCAACUCAAAAUAGAAAUCAAUUAAAGAACAUAGUUUAAGCUUUCUUUAAAAGUUGCAAGUCGAGAACUCAUUAUUUCUACUUCUAAAUAACAGCACAUGAACUUGCAGGUUUUUAUGAUAUAGUAAUUAAUGCUUUCAUGAGAAUUUGCAUAUCAAGAAUUCAUCAUUUCAACUUCUUAAUAACAGUCCAUGAACUUCCAGAUUUUUAUAAUUUAUUCAUCAGGUUUUAAGAUCCACCCGUAUUUAAAAUGCGGUGUAGUUACAUUUUGCAAUUGUAUUGCCUCACUACUGUACCAUGCUCUUGAACUAUAUGAAAUAUCGGUACUUGAAAGAUUUUGGAGGCUGAAGUUUUUUCAAAUGAUUAAUCUACACUUUAUCUAUUUAUUACAAGUGCCAAAAAAAGUAGUUUGCCUGAUGAUUCGUUUCACUCGUACUUUGAUAAUCCUUGCAACUCUUUCUCUCUCUUGCUUACAAACUCUUCUCUGUAUAUUUUCUUACUCUUUUCCGAUCUCCUCUGUCGUUUCUAUUCCUCUUCCUCUCUCUCUCUCCUACCCUUGAGAUAAUGCAGAGCCCGAGUGCGUGACUCUGUAAUUUUUUAAAAUCUACAAUGUGCUUCACACUAUGAAAGUGUGAUUAAGUGUUUCUUAUAUUUUUUAUUCCAGUACAAACUUUGUACAUAUACAUUCUAAUGUCUCUUCCAGUUCCAGUUCAAGUUCAGACUUAUUUAUAAUUAAAUUUUAAAACUUGUAAACUAUCACCUUAUUGUUAUUUAUUGUGCUCUUUUGUAAAUAAUAUUUAGUGUCACAUAACGUAAUAAUAAAAUAUUGGUGCAAUAUUCAUUCAUUCAUCGAAGCAUGUGCUUAAUCCAUAGAAACAGUACAAUCAAAGUAUUAUUUUGUAAUGAUGUGUUCAUUUGUCUCCCUUUCACAAUAAUUGUAAUGUAUGCACAUGUUCGUCUUCACCAACAUAUAGAUGUAAUAUGCAAGGAUUCUUUUGGUGUAUCAAGUCCGCCACAAAUUUUACAACCCCCGAGUUUGCAGAUCAUAAAAGAAAAUACAAGUAUAAUGUAAUGCUAUUUAUUUCUGAUUGAGGUUAUAUGAAUGGUGAUUUUUGACCUUGGGGAAUAACCUGAGCCUCCCGAUGGUAGAGAAGGCCUGAUCGGUAUAUACCCAAUUCUUUCAUUGCCAUAGGCUUGAUACAAGAGCCACCUGAUUCCAGUUGGCAUCAGGUUAAUAUGACUAUUCAUUACUAGACUCUGGCUCAUCCGGGAAGAAUGAAUGUAUCUAGAAAGAAAUCAAUUUCUAUCACAAUUCUUUUUUCAUGGAGUUGUAUGGUGUACGCAGGCCUUGUAACUCGGUGUAAAAGACACACAAAAUAUUAUACAGCAAGAGAAUCGUAGCAAAAUCACUUUCUCAUUUCAUUCGUGCAAGCAACAUUAGUAAAUGGUGUAACAAACUGAAAUAAAUUGAAUGUUCACA